UUUGCACUUAUUGUUUAUAGUGCUUGUUAUUCUAUUAUAUUUUACUGUCUUCAAACUCCAUUUGCACUUAUAGUUAAUAUUGCUUGUUAUUUUACAUAUAUUCUACUCUCUUCGAGUAGUUUUUUUGGAUAUCACUGUAGAAUGGAAGUCCGGUUCUUUAACAAAUUACAAGAAUGAUUUAAGUUUGUGUUGAUGAUUUUUGUUUUUUAAAAGUAUUACUAUCUUCGUCCCAAUAAACCUUUCCACAUCUUGAUUUUUUUGUCAACUAUUGACACGCUUUGAUCAUUAAUAAAUACUAGUAUAAUUUUAUCUAAAUUAAUAUUAUCAAAAAUGGCUAUGUCAAAAUUAUAUAUAUGUUUCUCACAUAGUCAAAGUGUGUAGAAAGUUGACAAAAAAAGUCAAAAUGCAAAAGGUUUUUUGGGACAUAGGUGGUAAAUUUCUGUGCUGAUUUUAAAAUUACGUUUACUGAGUCCAAGAUUUCUUUCCCCUUAUGUUUAGCGAUGGCGUCAUUUUGGCAAACCCUACCGCUGUCUAGUCCAACAAGCGGUUUUCUUCUUGUGCUGAAAUUGUUUAUUUUGCAAAAGUCUAUAGCUUAUCUUAAAUGAUCUGUCAAUUAUUUCUAUUCAUUAAUCACUUGUUAUUAACCUAAUAAUUACAUUAUACAGUACCUAUGGAUUUGAUCUUAAUUUUUUACCGAAGAAGCUUUUAUUUUAAAUAAUUUAUUGAAAAUCUCUAAGAGUGUGUUUGGAUUGAGGGGAAGGGGAGGCUAACUAAAGGAGGAUUUUUCUUUACUCAACUUCUCCCCUCCAAUCCAAACACGCUAUUCUCAGCUGAUUGUUCUGCAGUGUAAAAGCAACAGAAAAGGAAUGGGUACAAUUACAAGGGAAGUUUCUUCUCAAUGGUUUCCCAUCCAAGGUAAUUAUUUUUCUUGAGGGCCCACCUCCAGGUACAGACAUUCUCAUGAAUACUCUAACGGUGAAGCGUGCAGCAAAAGUUCUUCAAUCUCCUCCCCCAACGAUCGAGGAUGUAGAAUAUGGUGUCAAUAUUGUCACAAAUGCCAACCUUUACAAUGACACCAAUGGGUGGUUUCCUCUUGGAAACUGCACCCUUACUGUUGGAACUGGCUCCCCUCUCAUAACUCCUCCCGUGGCUAGAGAUUCUCAGGGAGCUUGCCUGCUGCACUUAAGUGGUCGUUACAUCCUCACGACCAACCGUACCGAGACAUGGAUGGGUCCAGCUCAGAUCAUCACGGAGAAAGUCAAACCAUAUUUGACUUAUCAGGUGUCCGCGUGGGUUAGAAUUGGUAAAGUAGCCAAUGGGUCCCAGGUUGUGAAUGUUGCCCUUGAUGUGGAUGGCCAAUGGGUAAAUGGCGGUCAGGUUGAGAUUAACAAUGGCAACAGAUGGCAUGAGAUUUUCGGAUCAUUCAGAAUUGAGAAAGAACCGGCUAAGGUUAGGGUUUAUGUUCAGGGCCCCGCUCCCGGUGUUGACUUAAUGGUUGCAGCACUUCAAGUUUUUCCAGUUGAUAGAAAGGCGCGGUUUGACCACUUAAGGAGAGAAACCGACAAGAUACGUAAGCGUGAUGUCAUUUUGAGAAUCUCAGUUCCAGACAGUUUGGUUGGAACAGCUGUGAGAGUGAGGCAAACACAAAAUAGUUUCCCAUUUGGAUCAUGUAUUAGCAGAGGAAACAUAGACAAUGAAGACUUCAGAGAUUUCUUUGUCAGAUAUUUCAAUUGGGCUGUGUUUGGGAAUGAGCUGAAGUGGUACUCAACAGAGCCACAGCCAGGAAACCUGAACUACAAAGACGCGGACGAGCUCUUGGACUUUUGCAUGAGAAACAAUGUCCGUGCCCGCGGGCAUUGCAUAUUCUGGGAGGUUGAGGAUGUCGUCCAGCCGUGGGUCCGCGGUCUCAAAGAGAAUGAGCUGUCAAAUGCUGUCCAAACGCGCCUUACGUGCCUCCUCACGCGCUACAAAGGGAAAUUCAAGCACUACGAUGUGAACAAUGAGAUGAUGCACGGCUCCUUCUAUCAAGACCGGCUCGGGAAGCAAGUCCUGACCGACAUGUUCAAGACCGCGCACCAAAUUGACCCUUUUGCCCUCCUCUUUGUGAACGACUAUCACGUCGAGGACGGGCGCGAUGCCCGGUCGUCUCCGGAGAAGUACAUUGAUCACAUUCUUGACCUCCAAGAAGGUGGGGCCCCCAUCGGGGGAAUAGGUAUUCAAGGGCACAUAGAGGCCCCGGUGGGGACGAUCAUUCGUUCCGCCCUGGACAAAUUGGGAACCCUCGGACUCCCCGUUUGGUUCACCGAAAUAGAUUUCUCUUCGACGAGUGAGUACGUGAGAGCGGAUGAUUUGGAGGUUAUGCUUCGCGAGUGCUACGCCCACCCUUCGGUUGAAGGAAUAAUGCUUUGGGGUUUCUGGGAGCUGUCCAUGUCCCGCGAAAACGCUCAUUUGGUGAACGCCGAAGGCGAUCUUAACGAGGCCGGGAAACGGUAUGUCGCUCUCAGAGAAGAAUGGAUGUCACAUUUUGAUGGAGAUUUCAAUGGAGGAGAGUUUUCCUUUAGAGGAUUCCAUGGAUCAUAUGAUGUGGAAGUCAUUGCAGGUUCAAAGAGAUUUAGUAAGACAUUUGUGGUUGAGAAGGGUGAGGAUCCUUUGGUAAUCUCAUUUGAUCUUUAGUUUGUGAGUCUAUUUCCUUUUCACUGUAUUUUUUUUCUCAAACUUUGUUUAUAAUACAUGAAAAAACUUUUGAGUCCGAAUAUACAUCAAUAAUGAUAUAUGGAGUAUUCGUUUUGAAACGUACAUAGUUUCAAUAAUUAUAUUUUUCUCAAAAAGUUACAUUGCACUGUAGACUGUAAAAGGGUAAAAAAAGAAAAAAUUGUGUUCUUG